UGUUGAUAGCGCUGUUAUUUUUCACCCUUUUAUACCAAUCAAAGUGCGCCAAAAUUUUAGGCAUGUUCCCCAUAGCCUCACACAGCCACCAAGUCGUCUACCAACCAGUUUGGCGAGAACUAUCCCUAAGAGGCCACCAAGUGACAGUUUUCACCCCCAACCCCCUGAAAAACGCCACCCUGACAAACCUAACCGAAAUCGACAUGAGCUCAACUUACGACAUCUGGAGACAAGACUACAUCGGGGAAAAAUUAGCCAAAGAGCGCUACAUGGCCGCUGCGGAGUACUGGAUGAUGACCAAAAUCGAAGAAAUAACUGAAGAGUGUUUCAAAAAGGUACAAACGAUGUUCGAGCACACCGAUUUUGAUUUGGUGAUAGUGGAGAGUUUUGACCCUCUGGUUUACAGUUUAGGGUGUAAAUUUAGAGUACCUUUUAUAACGAUUUCUUCUUGUGGGGUGUUUUUGCAAACGCAUGACGCUGUGGGAAACCCGACGCAUCCUGUCCUAAGUCCCGAUUUGUUUGUCAACGUAAUGGAAAAAUUCGACUUGUUUAAAAAAAUCGGUAGCACUGUGCACGACUGGUGGUACCGCGUUUUCUACUAUUGGUACUUUUUACCCAGAGCUGAUAAAAUAGCAAAGCGAUAUUGGGGACGAGAUUGUCCCUAUCUUGGUGAUCUAGAAAGAAACGUUAGCUUGAUUUUAAUGAAUACUAAUUCUCUGUUACAUCCAGUACGACCUCUUCUUCCGAAUGUAGUCGAAAUGGGAAAAAUGCACAUUACUAGUGAAAAACCUUUACCACGCGAUCUUCAAGAAUAUCUAGAUAUGAGUACCAACGGUGUCGUUUACUUUAGCUUAGGUACUAAUGUCAGAAGUGCUAAUUUGGAUCCGAAUGUUAUUAAAAUUAUAAAAGAAGUAUUGUCGGAACUACCGUACAACGUUUUGUGGAAAUGGGAAAGCGACGAUUUUCCAGAUAAACCCAAGAACGUGAUGACACGAAAAUGGCUUCCUCAACAAGAUGUCUUGAGGCACAAACAUGUUAAAGUUUUUGUUACACAAGGAGGUCUCCAGUCGAUGGAGGAAGCUAUAAGUAAUUGCGUUCCUAUGGUAGCAUUACCAUUUAUAGGCGACCAACCUUUAAAUGUGAUGAAAAUGGUACAAUUGGGCAUUGGGAGAGGGGUUAACCAUGUAAGUAUGACCAAACAAGAAUUGAAAGAAGCUAUUGUUGACGUCUCGGAGAAUAAAAAGUACAAGGAAAAAAUCAAAGAAGUGAGUAAUUUAAUUUCGGACCAGCCACUAACGGGUUUGGAGAAGACAAUAUGGUGGAUUGAAUACGUGUUGAGACACAAAGGCGCUAGACACUUGAGAAGUCCGGCAGCCGAUAUGCCGUGGUUUGAGUACCACUUGCUGGAUGUAUAUUUGGCGUUAUUUUUUGUUGUUUCGUUUUUUGUUUACUUGAUUUUGGUCUGUGGGAAGCUACUGUUCAGAAUUCUGAGAUUUGCGGCCAAAAGAAAACAGAAUUAAAAUGUUAGCUGUGCUUUCAGUUUUUUACAUCAAAAUACUAAAAAUUUAUGACACAUUAUAGUAAUGAUAAUAAAAUUUUCGUUUUCAUUU